AGUAUUCAUAAUGUCAUUUUAUGGUCUAACAAUUUUAGGCAUGGACUCAAACCAAUUGUUGUCAAGGAGGAUAAAGGCAAUGACAAGUGGCCAUAAGAGGUCAUUUAAAUGAUUAAAUCAGAAUAAUGCGUUCGCAACCUAUAUGCAAGCACAGAGACGAUUUAAACCAUCUUUUGAUUUUCAGGGUUUUAAGAAAACCAAUAAAUUUUUGACUGGAAAACCAAAAUCUUCAAGAAGAAAGAUGAGAACCAAAAGUAGAGAUAAUUCUAAUGCAGCUGUAAGCAGUCAAAAGUCAUUCAGAGGAACAUAUAAAAACCCAACCUUGAACAAUGACAACACUGUGGAUUCUUUUGAUAUUGCAGAUCCAGCAGUUUCCCACACGUUUUCGAACAACCCUUCUCUCAGCAAGCGACCUUCAACCAAGAAAACUUCGCGAAUCAGACUGUCCACGACCAACUUCAAAAUCGAUGCUGAAGCCAGAAACCGUCUGCUGUCGACGCGACUUCUGAAGAAGAACUCCAGCAGAGGCAAGAAGCAGCGCAUGAUCCAGCAGCAGUCAGACUUGCUUAGCGGAGAAGCCUUUUCGCUCAAGCUGCAGUACCAGUCUGUGCGGGAAGAAAACACUCGGCUCCGCAGCCAGCUCAAGGCUCGCGAUCGCAAGCUGGCAGACGCCAAUGAGAAGAUCCAGGAGCUGGCCAUGAAGUACUCGGUUGACCGAAACCCCAGACAUAGGAGUCCGGGAGCCAAAGCCGACCAGACUCGAGGAACCGUGGCGGCGCUGCAGAAGAAGGUUGCAGAGCUGGAGAGCAAGGUCGCACAACUAGAACAGACUUUGAAAACCAAAGACAAUGAAACCAAGGUCAAAGCUUCUUGAGUCCUUAGUGCUCAUCAAAGCACCAAAGCAAGUCAUAAUUUAACAAGCAAAGCAUUGCAUGAAGAAACAAAGUUGACCAAGCCAAGAGCCAGAGAUUUUGUGUUAGUGAAUAGUUGUGAACAAUGUACUGUCAACGCAAUCAGAGCAGUGCACCAAUCGUUUAGUGAACAGAUCAUUACAGCACUUAAAAAGCUACCAUCAGAAGUGUCUUCUAGCGAAGUGUCUCCGAUUUUCGAACAGUUUCUGAGCAAGAGCAAAGUGUUAUCAUUGUUGUCAUCAAAGAAAGGCUCACUGAUUUCUCAGCACUUGCUUGAUACUCAAGGAAAGCCUGCUAGUAAAGCCACUGUCAUUGCCAACUACAACAACACGGUCAAGCAAGUCAAAGGCUACACAAGCAGCGACUUCAAACAAGUUAUCCACGAAAUAGAGCAGUAUGAUGCCAAAGAACACAAGAGCGAACUCCUCAACAUCCUCCAGAUCUUUGCAAGUAAAAGCGGAGUUGCGCCUGACUUGUUGUUGAGCACCAUUUCUGGAUGCAGAAUCAAUGUAGACAAGCAGUGACUCGUUGCAUAUUUCAUGAACAAGAGCGGAUCGGUCGAAGUAAUCAACCCGAGAGUUCUAGAAGAAUUCUGAACUAACAAAGCUAUUAACACUCCCAAAGCAAACAAGUUUCAAAAGCCUCGAACAUCACUCAAAGUCGGUCAAAUUGACCUCAUCCAGGAUCAAGAUGAUGCUGGAGUUGACAAGAAUUCGCUCAAGUACAAACUCAGAAAAGCCAUCAUCACCUACUUCAACAAGCGACUGAGCGAACGAAUCCAAAAAUUCAGCAGAGGCCAGACCAUGUUCGAGGACUCUUCUGGUGAAGGCACUCUGACUUCGGAAGAAAUCAUGAGGAAGUUCUUCUUUAAUCUUGCAGAGCUGCUUCGUGAGAAGAAAACUCCACUGAUAUCCAUCAUCAAGAAGCAUGUAUUUGACUCAAUCUACUUUCAGAAAGAAGUUCAGCUGAUCUAUGUUGACGACUUCUUCAAGUCUCUGAGAGAUUUUGGAAUGAGCUACACUCAGCGACAGAAAGAUGAAGUCACUUCCAACAUGAACAUCCAGGACUUGUCUGGGAAAUUCUUGCUCGAGGUCAUCGACAACAUACUCAACAAUCUAGGAGUGAAGAAGGGGCUUCCAGUCAGCACCAAAGCCAUGAACUAUGAGUCGCUCGACCUCAAGUCCAUCAGAAUCAUCAACAGGAUUCUCAAAUACAUUUCGUCCGAAAUCUCAUCCAAGCACAAUGGAAUGAUGGACAAGCCAAGAAACAGCAUUGGCAGCGAUGAAGUAGCUGCUUUUCUGUACCAACAGCUGAAGCCUCUGAUAAAGCAGGUCGAAGUCAUUGACGCCAAUGGCAAUCCCACCGACAUCGAGUACGUUGAGUCUGGCGACCUGGCGAAGCUCUUGAGGGAGCAGUAUGUGUACCUUGAAAAGAAAGAUCUCCGCACAGCCAAGAUGGUGAAGUUCAAGUCACGAAUCAUCACCGAAAUGGAGCUCCAUGGCAGCCUGCAGCUUUUGGUGUGAAUAUCUCCGAACUCGGCUUUAGAAAAAGUGAUGGUCAAGAAACUGAUGGCGCUGAUCACACAAGCCUGGCACAACCCGUACAUCCUUGCCAUUGGAGCAAUCAGGCGGCCUGAUCCCAAAGAUGAGCAGGAAGAUGAAGUAGCACAAGUCAUUGAUGAAAAGUGCAAGCCCAGAGACCUCAGCGACAACGAAGAAGAAGACUUUGAAGAAUUCGAUCUAUCUGAUAUUGACGAAAGAGACGACAAGAAGAAGGAGCGAGACCGCAAGAUGUGGGAGAAAAGGAAGAACCGCAAAUCUACUAAAAAGCUCAAUUUCUAAUCCCAUUUCAUUCAUUCUAUCCUCAAUUUCUAUA